AUGACCCUCAAGCGCAAGUUAGCGCAUUACGACCCUACGAAAGUCGUGGCCACAAACUCAACACCAUUCCCUUCACCUGCCUUCCUACGUAUUCGCUGGAUCCUCCGAACCGACGAAAUAUCUCACUCGGUCUUCAUCCUCAGCGACCCGACAGAUUUGACUUCAAGCGAAGAACCAUAUUCGCCAACCCAUCCUGUCUGCGGUGAAGCUUUGACUUGCCCACCAGUCUCGUCAAUAAUUGUUUCAGUCGAGAGUCUUGACGACUAUACCAGCGCUUGGAUUUAUUGGCAUGAGCCCCACGCUUUUCCGGACCAAUUCGACGAACAAGCCGGACCACCUCGUUUCGAUGCUCAAGGUCGUGUAGAGUACUGCUGUGGUGAACACCGCCCUGGUCCCGGGCCUCAACUCGAGAUAGUUGCUGAAGAAGGUCACUUUGUUACCGUUGGUCAAUUUGUGAAUAUUCUUCAUCCCUGGCUAAGGAGUCUUGAUGGCCAAUUGCCGUUGGAUCCUGCUUAUGACCUGCUUGUGCGUGCGUGGAGUAGUCCUAUCAGAAUUGCAGACACCAAAGGAUGGAAUCCAAAGAAUCAUACUCGGGAGAGGCAGACACAGGUCAACAUUGCUAGGAAGGCUUUAGAAAAGAUGGGGAGGGCAGGGCUGUGA